CUCCGAACUAGAUGCAUGUCAUGUUGGAAUAUUCCAGGGAUCCUUAAUGACAACUGCAUAUGGGAAAAUUGAGUAGUCCAGAUUCAGACUUCGUGACACUUAGCGCUGCAAGUUGGGGAAUGACGUUUGCACAACGACCUUCAUACCUCUUCGUUCGCCUCCACAUAUUCAAAUAUUUCGAUAGGCAUAAGAAUCAAAUCCAGAACAAAGACAUAUUGUUUCGGGCUUGAUCCAUUGUUGCUGUAGCCAAACAAAGCCAAACAAAUUGGGAAACGCGACAACCAGGGCGAAAACACGUUGGCCACUCUACCACACGACCAUCUCCUUCAAAACACGCGAUCUGCUCGAGGCCGCUCCCGAACUUGAUAUCUACGUACAGAGAACUGCAUGUUACACCCCGCAAAUAACCAGCAUAUCCGUACAUGUCCUUCUCCAGCACUCCUCUAGGCCAAGGCAGACGUCUUGACCAUCAUACAUUUCUCAACAAGAACCCGUCCACAAGCAGCACCACAACCACGCAGAGAUCACGCACACCUCCUCUGCGGCGUCAAAUACCUACUUCUUACUCAUACGGGGCUCCCACCGCAGCCUCUCGAUCUCCCCCCAAACCAGCUGCUACUCUAGACGACUCGGACCCUCCUGCUCUUGUCCGUUUUGCUCGUCUCAAACAGCAGCAAACGUCUACUUCUUCACCACAUCCGGAGAAGUGGGCCGUAAAGGACACAUCAGUCCAAAUCGCAAGCGCUUUCCACCAGGCAGCGUCCACCUCUUUGGAAGAUAGCAUGCAUCCUAAUGAUGCAUGGGCCUCUGGGGCGAACCGUAGUACCGUUCCGCGAAGUACCUCGGUCGAGUACGAAAAAGAAACUCACACGACGGUGAAUCGCCGUCUUGCUCCACCUUCCCGUCGACCCCUCGCGAAAACCAAUUCCAUCCACAAUAGUCAGAUACCAGAUUCGGAGGGUGAAGAUGAAUCGCAAUCGCGUUCGCGCUUCGAACGCGAGAAAAGUCCGUUUGCUCCCAUAUUGGAAACUGCUCGCUCUCUCGCACGAUCUGCAGAAUACUAUAUGCGUGGGCCGCAAGACACUUCGACCUCUACCAACGGUCAUGCGCAACCUAACACGAGCUCUAGUUACGAAUAUUCUCAGGAGGAGCAAGAGUUCCAACAAGCAGCGAGGAACAAACAUCGCAAGAAUCGCAUAUCCGUUGAUAAUAAAGCAUACCGCCCCACCAUCUCUGAUUUGGAAGAGUCCGACGAGGACUUUGAAGAGGAUGGGAAGCAAAGCAAACGGAAGAAAGCGAAGAAGGGUGUCGGCGCAGGCCCGCCGCUGACCACACUGCCUGUUGCGGGAUACGACAAGCGUAGACGGAAACGAAAAGGACGGAGGGGCGAGGAUGGCGAAGAGGAGAGUGAAGAGGAGGAGGCGGAGGAUUCACGCUCAUAUGAACAAACAUCCGUCCGCGGCACUACCCCUCAACCCAGGGCGCCUUCCGUUCAACCCCCUUCAUCACGCCAAGGCUCAGUUGCACCAGAUUCACGCUACGACACCAGCAACCACGACGAUACGUACGAUGUCGAACGAGCCCUUCACUCCAUCGAGGAAGUGGACGAGGAAGAACCACCGGAAAUUGUGGAACAACCACCACUUAAAGCACCCUUCUCCAUUGGGGCUACGCUAGGCAGAGGCGUGCAUGGAUUCUUCUCCUUGUGCUGGAGACUGCUGGAUGUUCUCCUCCUGAAGCCGGCACAGUUGGCGUCGAGACUGAACUUUGCGUUGCUAGCGAGAUAUCUCUCGGUGACGUUGGCUGUGUAUGCUGUAUGGUACGCCCUCCGCAAUGGUUAUUUCCCUACACCGUCAAUUUCAAGACAAACACCAUACCGACCUCCCGAACUACCCCCUCAAGACGUUUCUGAGCUUUCUGCGCGCCUGCAACGACUCGAAAGCGCGCUUGCCAGCCUCUCAGCCGCCAACGAACGAUCACGUACCUAUAUCGAAGGUGACGUCCGUAGCCAGGCAGAAUUUGCCGGUCGACUGGGUGCCCUGGAGACGAGACUGCAAAAGGAGAGCACACGCGUAGUCGACAUUGAGAGCAAGUUCAGGGCAACAGCGAGUCAAGGUCUACAAUCUGUAAAGCAGGAAGUAGAUCUCCUACGAGCACAGUUGCAGUCAAGACCACAAAUAAGCAGCGACGACGAGGCUCGUGCACAAUUGCGAGCGCUUGAGGAGCGCGUUGGUUCGGUCGAAGGCGGAAUCAAGGAAGCCAUUGAACUCGGCAAGACGAAGGUUGAGUCCAAGGCAACUUGGUGGAAGGGCUCUUCGCCGUCGACGGUCACCAUCAAGUCUACUGAUGGCCAAGAUGUCGGUUCAUUGAUCAACCAACUUGUCGAUUCUGCUGUUUCCAAGUUUUCCAAGGACACGCUUGCAAAAACUGACUAUGCAUUGCACUCUGGCGGCGCACGCAUCAUUCCCUCGCUCACCAGUGAGACAUUCGAGAUUCGUCCGCAAGGAAUCACGAGUCAAAUCGUUGGCAUGCUCACUGGGAAUGGCUAUGCCAUCGGUCGUCCUCCCGUCACAGCGCUGCACCAUGAGAUCCACAAUGGACAUUGUUGGCCUUUCGCAGGUUCGAAAGGUCAUUUGGGUGUGGCGCUCUCCGCCCCUGUUUAUGUGACGGAAGUGACGAUCGACCAUGUGGCCAAGGAGGUCGCGACGGAUAUGAGAAGCGCGCCAAGACAAAUGGAAGUCUGGGGUCUCGUGGAAGGCAAUGAGAAUCUGGCCAAAUUCAAGGAGUGGAAAGAGCAGAAGGCUUCUGCUCGCAAGGAGGAAGCCGAACUGUUCGACGAACCUCACGACACUCAGGAAGAGGAGGAGUACCCCGCUGCGCUUCCGAACUCCCCGUCAUAUAUCCGUCUCGCUAACUUCACGUACAACAUAAACGCACCCAACCAUAUCCAGACUUUCUCCGUACCGAAGGACAUCCAAGAUCUCGGAAUCGACUUUGGCGUCGUCAUCCUGCUUGUGGACAGUAACUGGGGUCGCGAAGAAUUCACUUGCCUGUAUCGAUUCCGAGUUCAUGGUCAACGGAUGGGCGAUGUUCCCUCACCCUAUGCCGACGAUGAAUCUUCACAAAUCUCCCAAUCAUGACAUACGUCAUAGGCUACACGCAUAUAUGCUCAUGCUUAUCUUUAUGCACUUAUGCAACGAAACGAGAAUGAAACGAAUUCACUUUCCUUCCUGUAGAUCUCUCCAUGUUCAAUAUCCUAAUACCACUGUUUUUAUAUAGUUGACUCCGUCGGCUUUGCUAUUGUUGUUACCCUCCUCUCUUUCUUCUGUUUUGUUCCCUUGCUAACCUUAUUCAUUGCUUUAUGGUUGUCGCACAUGAGCUCUCUCACUUGUGUUUGUGCCGCAGACGGUGGUGACAUAUAUGGCUCCGAGUCUUAUGCAAUUAAAUUAGUUAUCCUAAUCCAGUGCACAUCACAAUUGCUUUCCUUCCCUCCUUUCCUUGCAUACACUCGCAUUUGCUGUGAUUGACUCCAUGUACGUCUCUUCUACGAAUAUAAAAUAUAUAUCCACAC